CAAAUAGCAAAUACUAAAACGAUCUCAACAAAACGUUGUCCAGAUAGAUCUUCAGAUCUACCUAUCCAUCGUUCUCUACCCUUUUUACAAUUGGGGUCAGUAGCUUAGCUCAUCAACUCUUCUCAGAUCGUUCUCCUUCUAUCGAUACAUUUCUUGGCAAGUGAUUAUUUUUGGUUGGGGGAUCUGCUGUUGACAUCCGAUUGUUUUGGAUGUGAUGCAUUUGGGUUAAGUAAGGUUUGAGAUGAGGGAUGUUAUCGACGUUGAUAAAAUUUUUGAGAUCAUGCUGGCUCCCGUCCUCCUCAGAUAGUAAUGAGCAGUCGACUUCUAACACGGCUGGCAAGCAAGAUGGGCUACUUUGGUAUAAAGACAUGGGUCAACACUUGACGGGUGACUAUUCAAUGGCUGUUGUCCAGGCCAAUAAUUUGCUUGAGGAUCAAGCGCAGAUUGAGUCAGGCAACUUAAGCUUACUCGAGUCGGGGCCUUUUGGGACUUUUGUUGGAGUAUACGAUGGUCAUGGUGGACCGGAGACAUCACGUUACAUCACUGAUCAUCUUUUUCUAAAUCUAAAAAGGAUUGCUUCAGAGCAAGGGUCACCAACAAUGUCCGUUGACAUUAUACGAAGAGCAUAUGAAGCAACAGAAGAGGGCUUUUCAUCUGUUGUUGCUAGACAAUGGCCAGUGAGACCACAGUUAGCCGCUGUGGGAUCUUGUUGCCUUACUGGCUUGAUCUGUAAUGGAACACUGUACAUUGCCAACCUUGGUGAUUCCCGUGCUGUUCUCGGAAGGCUUGUGAGGGCGACCGGAGAGGUUCUCGCUAUCCAACUUUCAGCUGAACAUAAUGCUAGCAUUGAGUCUGUUAGGCAAGAGUUGCAUUCUCUGCAUCCAGAUGACUCUCAGAUUGUUGUCUUAAAGCAUAAUGUAUGGCGUGUAAAGGGUCUAAUACAGAUUUCUAGAUCUAUCGGUGAUGUUUAUCUGAAAAAAGCUGAGUUUAAUAGGGAGCCUUUGUAUGCUAAGUUUCGCCUUCGUGAUCCUAUAAUCAGGCCAAUAUUGAGCUCUGAUCCAACAAUAUCAGUGCAUGAGCUUUCACCUCAUGAUCAUUUUCUCAUUUUUGCCUCUGAUGGUCUCUGGGAGCACCUUACCAAUCAGGAGGCAGUUGAUAUAGUACAACACAAUUCUCGUAACGGAAUUGCUCGAAGGCUUGUAAAAACUGCCUUGCAGGAAGCAGCAAAGAAGAGAGAAAUGCGUUAUUCUGAUUUAAAGAAGGUUGAUCGUGGGGUUAGGCGGCAUUUCCAUGAUGAUAUCACAGUUAUAGUUGUAUUUCUGGAUUUUAAUCUUGUAAGCAGAGGGAGCUCACUGAGAGGCCCUACCGUAUCUCUUCGAGUGGCUAGUACAAACCAACAGUAAAACUUUAACACAGUCUCCGACACCUACAGAAACUGGCAACACCUGAGAUUUUCUUGGUUGUAUCAAAAUACAGUAUCUUUGUGAUGCCAUCUGGUUGACCAAAAAGAUGAGAGGAGAUGGCAGAGCCCAAAAGUAAAGACAAGUGGAUUUAAGGAAGCAGGUAUGAUAAACUAAGCAAGGACGAUUAUAGACUAUAGAACUAGCUCUUGAAGUGACUGUAGAUCAUUGAGACUGAUAUUUUCUUUACUUUCUUAUUUUUUUAUAGAAAAAAAACCCCAAGACAACUUUUCUAGUUUUACUCUUUUCUUCUUUUAAAGGUUGUAUUAACAGUUAUGUAAAUGUCGUGAACAGUAAACUAGUAGUAUGUAUUAACAACACUUUUAUUAAUUUAUAUUACACAUUUUAUGUUAUGAA